AUGAGCAGCGUAAACAUCACCAACGUGCAGGUGUUGGACAACCCUGCUAAGUGGCCCGCUCCGCUCCAGUUUGAAAUUACCUUUGAGUGCCUCACCCCGCUGCAAGAAGACCUCGAGUGGAAGGUGAUCUACGUCGGAUCGGCGGAAAAUGUGCAACAUGACCAAGAGCUCGAGUCCGUAAUGGUCGGCCCUGUGCCUGUAGGCGUGAACAAGUUUGUGCUGCAGACCGAACCCCCAGAUCACACCAAGAUCCCUCAGUCGGACCUGCUGGGCGUGACUGUGGUCCUGCUGAAGUGCUACUACCGGAGCAGCGAGUUCCUGCGCGUCGGGUUCUACGUCAACAAUGAGUACGAUAACCCAGAGAUGCAGGAGAACCCGCCCAUGCCGCACGACGUGGCGAGGAUCAACCGCAACAUCCUCGCCGCCAAGCCCCGCAUCACCACUUUCAACAACCGCUGGGACAACACCACGCCCGAGAUCGAGGAGGUGAGCAUCAUUGACGCAGAAAUGCAUGAAGGUGAAGGGGAGCUCCUCCCCGAAGAGGAGGAAGAGGGGGAGGAAGAGGAAGAAGAGGAUGGCGAGGAGGAUGAGGAGGAGGAAGAGGAAGAUGAAGAUGAAGAUGGGGAAGAUGGCAAGGAGGGAGAAGGAGGCGAAGAGGAUAUCAAGGACGAGAACGACGUCAUCGAGAUGGACCCUCAACCCUAG